UUACAUAAGGGAAAUUCUGAGCCGUACGUCCAUAGCUGCAAUUCCACUAUCUGACACAGUUAUCCUCUUCUCUACCAAUCUUCAUGUCGAUGCACUGCUCUAUAUAUCCGCCCUCAAUCCUCCCUCACUCUCGCACCAAUCUUCCUUCCUCACUUUUCCUCUCCUCUCGUCGUCAUACGUAUCAAGCUCCGCCGUCUCCGCGGCUCCGUUCGACGACUGUCAAGGCCGCAAUGUCCACUGAGAUGGACGCUGAUGCUCGAGUAUCGGUUCUAAAGAAAGGCAUAGCUGAACUGUAUGACGAGUCGUCUGGUUUAUGGGAAGAUUUAUGGGGAGAUCACAUGCACCACGGGUUCUACGAUCCAGAUGUCGAAGUUUCUAGUUCUAUUUCCGAUCAUAGAGCUGCUCAGAUCCGAAUGAUCGAGGAGGCCCUCCGAUUCGGCGGCGUUUCAGAGGACCCGCAAAAGUGGCCUAAGACCGUGGUUGAUGUUGGCUGUGGGAUUGGAGGCAGCUCUAGGUACUUGGCAAAGAAAUUUGGGGCUCACUGCCAAGGCAUCUCUCUCAGUCCUGUCCAAGUUGAGAGGGCCAAUUCUCUAGCAGCUGUUGAAGGACUGGCUGACAAGGUUUCCUUCCAAGUUGCAGAUGCUUUAGACCAACCAUUUCCAGAUGGGCAGUUUGAUCUGGUCUGGUCAAUGGAGAGUGGAGAACACAUGCCUAACAAAAGAAAGUUUGUUAGUGAGUUGGCCAGAGUUGCAGCCCCAGGAGGCAGAAUUAUUAUUGUAACAUGGUGUCACAGGAACCUCAGCCCUUCUGAAGAAUCUUUGCAGAAAUGGGAGCAAGAACAUCUGAAGAAGAUAUGUGAUGCUUAUUAUCUUCCUGAAUGGUGUUCUGCUGCUGAUUAUGUUGAAAUACUCGAGUCUCUCUCUCUUCAGGACAUCAAAACAGCAGAUUGGUCUCAGAACGUGGCCCCUUUUUGGCCAGCAGUGAUUCGCUCAGCAUUGACUUGGAAGGGCUUGACAUCACUACUGCGUAGUGGUAUGAAAACCAUUAGAGGAGCAUUGGUGAUGCCAUUGAUGAUACAGGGAUACAAGAAAGGUCUUAUUAAGUUUGCCAUCAUUACGUGCCGAAAGCCUCAAUAAAUUUACAGACCGGCCCCGUCUGAAUCAACGUCAGAUUGCAGAGCUGAAGGAUUUGAAUUCUUUUAGAGGUUUGAGAUUAAGCUUCCCAUCGUCAUCUGUAAAAGUUACGUAAAAUUGAAUAAAGGAAUAUUGAUUCCAUUGAUGAUUCAAGAAGGACAAGAGAAAGAUAAUAUUUGAGAAAAGGGAUUUUAGAAAUUAUUUGCAGCAAUACUCGUUUGUCUGAUUAAUUAAUGCUUUAAUUGUAGCCCAUCAUCUUACCUAGAUUAUAGAUGGUACUGUGUAGAAUACCGUAAAAGCAUCCUGUAUUUAGGGGGUGUUUCAUUUAAUGGUGGGAUGCUGCCUACAAGUAUCCAAACAACUAAAUUUAAACAUCUGAUAGUUAAUAGACAAUUGAUAUGAUGCUUGUAGCUA